UUAAUGGAUAAUUAAACACAUAUUAAAUAUUUUGUGUUUUUUGUCUGUUCCUUGACAAACUGUAUUUGGGCCAACUAGGUACUGCGCAAGAUGUAAUGGAUGACCGGAAUUUGUGCCGACACCUGUGCAAAGAGAAAAUAUUUUGAUUACUUUGCGCUAACCAUUGGGUUAUAAAAACUCCUUGUGCGCAGGAAAAUUCUUCGAAAACCUACAUUAUCCUGAGUGUGGAUAAAAUGGAAUAACCAUAACAUCAAAGAAUAUUGGAGUCUUUGGAGAUACAGUGGUUUUUGUUUUCUUAUCUAUUAUUUUAAUUCCAGAAUUUUUUUAGACUUCUGCUCUUGAAAGGCUUAACAGAUGGUCUGACUUAUUAAAAUAUAAAGCACAAGCACAUGAUAAACUUCAUGAACAUUCAUUGAUUGCUGAGCAACAGAUAAUUUCUCUGUAAAAUAAUUCCAUGAAAAGCUGAAAUACCAGCGAGAAACAUGGGAGUCUUUGGCACACAGCUUGUCUGCACCAUGAUAAUGUGUACGGUGCUCAGCAAGGUCAUCCCGCAUUGGUCUCCAGCCCAGUGGCUACUCUGCAACACAGGCUUGUCAUACUACCUCCACCCAACUGAUGACCAACUCAGAGAAAAGAAGAAGUCAAGUAGCAAUAGAAAUAAUUUAAGAUCAUCAGAAAAUGCAGAAAAUGGAACUUUUACUGUAUUACCAAAAAAUAUUGAUGUAAAUCUCCAGAAAACAAAGAUCUCAAGCCUAGAUGUGUUCCAGUUACGUUUCUACUCGGAUUAUCAAUGGCUUCUUGACUUCUCUGUAUGUUCAAUAAUUGUGUACUUAGCAACAGAGAUUCAUAUCUACUUCAACCCUGGCCGAGAUGAAGUGAAUCUGUCAAUGGUGUGGUGUCUGCUGCUUCUGAUCUUUGUGCUCAAAGUUCUCUUCUCCAUCACAUUGGUGUACUUCAAGUCUGGCGCAGGUGAUGGAGAGAAAGCGCUGGUGGUGCUUGCUCUGUUCUGCUAUUUACUUCUUGCAAUGAUGGUUCUCAUUGUCAGUGAAAUGAAGCUUGAACUUGGACUGGAUGAAGCAUAUGCUGCUUUCAAUGCAUCAGCCACUCAAUUUAUGAAAAAUCAGGAAAUUACUAGCGUAGGUGUCAUCAGUAAGAUGGCAUUCAAAGGCUGUGCUGCUGUGGCCUGUGCUGUCCUGGGUGCUUGCCUGGCUUUCCCUGGUCUCCGGCUGGGCAAGAUGCAUUGGGAUGCAGUAAGAUUGCAGUGCACAAGACGUUGGCUGCAACUGCUGCUCCACUGCGCCUUCCUGGCGCCCGCUUUUGUGUCGCUGCUGUGGGUGCGUCCGCUGGCCAGACAUUACCUCGUCAUCAUCACCUGGCCUGGCUACACAAAACCUCUGCUGUCAGCGGAGGCGUUCUCAACGGUGCGCGUAGUCUGCGUGUUGGUGACGUGUGCCCUGCGGCUGCUGGUGCUGCCUGUGUACCUGCAGGCUUACCUGGACAUGGCCAGAGCUAAGCUUGAGGAGCAACGAACUCAUGCUGGCAAAACUACCAAUAAAAAUAUACAGCGACAGGUAGCCAGCGUGUUCUACUACCUGUGUGUGGUGGCGCUGCAAUACCUCCUGCCGCUGCUGCUCUCGCUAGUCCUCGCACUCAUGCUUAAAACUCUCGGAGGACUUCACUGGCGCGGGCUGAGCGACCUGCGCGGCUUCGUGGCGGCUGAGUGUGGCGUGGAUGACGUCACGCCACAAGCCAGCCAGCCACACACAGCCACCGCAGCCAUCAGCCGUCUGGCUGCCUCCACUGAAGCCACCGCAGCCAUCACCACAGGCGUAGAACAACUCAGAAAGUUGCUGGUGCCGGAAAUGUGGCUGGGGCUGCUGGGCUUCUCGCUGUGGUGGAGCGUCACUUGCUGGUUCAUUUCUGGGCUCUUCGGGCUGCUAUAUCAACGCUUCUUCACUGCUGGCUAGCCACGUCAUCAAAUUACUUAUAAAUAAUUCAAUUCUUUAGCAAUGUCAUCUCUUCACUGCUGGCUAGCCACGUUAUCAAAUUACUUAUAAAUAAUUCAAUUGUUUAGUAAUGUCAUCUCUUCACUGCUGGCUAGCCACAUCAUCAAAUUACUUAUAAAUAAUUCAAUUCUUUAGUAAUGUCAUCUCUUCACUGCUGGCUAGCCACGUCAUCAAAUUACUUAUAAAUAAUUCAAUUCUUUAGUAAUGUCAUCUCUUCACUGCUGGCUAGCCACAUCAUCAAAUUACUUACGAAUAAUUCAAUUCUUUAGCAAUGUCAUCUUUCUAAUUUUCAUAGACAGUGUAUCACAUAACUGUUGAUGGUGUUGCUGCUACUUGAUAAAUUUGAGGAGGAAUCAUUUAGAUAUACUGAUGAAAAUAUAAAUUUCGUUCUUUCAAUGGUCAGAUUGGUUUGGCAACUAAUUCAAAAUGCCUAAAUCGGAUUUGAAUGAGAGUUACUUCGAUUUCGUUUUUU